CUUUUGGCUGCUGUAUAGGCGUUUAGUUGCAGCUCCUAGCUUAUAUAUACUGCACCUGUGUAUUUCUCAAUAUAUGCAGAAAUUCCACAUUUCAAUUAAAACCCAUUAAUCUGUUCACAUCAUAAAAGCAAUUCCUUAGAGUUGCUUCAUUUUCACAAAUGGCUAUACAGAGGAAGCCAAAUUGUUUUCUGCUUUUUCUGGUAGUGAUUUUCCUUUCAGGAGUUUUGUAUGUUAGAGCAGCAAAUGAUUAUAUAUCAGCAAUAGGCGAUCCGGGAAUGAGAAGAAAUAGUCUAAGAGUGGCAAUAGAGUCAUGGAAUCAAUGCAAUGAGGUUGGGGAAGAAGUUCCUAAUAUGGGUAGCCCAAGAGCUGCAGAUUGUUUUGACGUAUACAAGGCUUCUCCCCAGGCAAAAGAAAACAAAUGCUCUAUCUGCAGUUUGCCGCCAUAUAUGUUGGUCCAUAGAGUAACAGAGGAAGACAACAAGUUAGGUGUUGGAGACCCUUUUCUUGGAGUACACCCGAGGACUCUACAUGAUGUAGAUCUUUAUGCAGCAGAGAAAGAACUUUACUUAGGCUCUAAAUGUGAAGUUAAAGACACACCAAAUCCAUGGCAAUUUUGGAUGAUAAUGCUUAAGAGCGGUAAUAUGGACACUUACGCAUCUAAGUGCCCUAAUAAUGGGCAGAAAGUGGGACCUUUUGGCCCUGAUUCUAGGUUUCCUUGUUUUGGAAAAGGGUGCAUGAACCAACCAUUAAUUUAUCAUGACUAUACUACAUUGCGAGGGCCUAAUAAGACUACUCUUCUAGGAAGGUUUUAUGGAUCAUGGGAUUUAAACGCUGAUUUAAGAAAAGGAAUUUCAAGUAAUAUUUCAUACUAUUCUGUUACUUGGAAGAAAGAAGUUGGAAAAGGCAGUUGGGUUUUUCAUCAUGUCUUGAAGACUUCAUCAAACUAUCCAUGGUUGAUGCUUUACUUAAGAUCAGAUGCCACUUCCGGAGUUUCUGGUGGCUAUCAUUACCAAACCAGGGGAAUGUCCAAAAUUAUACCAGAAUCACCAAACUUUAAAGUGAGGUUCAGUUUGAAGGUAAUGAAAGGCGGGGGUCCUAGCAGUCAGUUCUACCUAAUGGACAUAGGAAGCUGUUGGAAGAACAAUGGAAAACCUUGUGAUGGGAAUGUCACUUCUGAUGUUACUCGAUACAGCGAAAUGAUAAUAAAUCCUGAGACAACCGCAUGGUGCCGUCCUGACAACCUUAAUGUCUGCCCACCUUACCAUACAUUUUCUAAUGGAACGCGAGUCCAUCGAAACGACACUGCUCGCUACCCUUAUGCAGCCUAUCACAUGUAUUGUUCUCCAGGAAAUGCACAACACCUUGAAGAGCCUUACAAUUUGUGUGAUCCUUACAGCAAUCCUCAGCCUCAGGAGAUACUGCAGAUUUUGCCACAUCCUGUUUGGGGCGAUUAUGGGUAUCCAACUCAACAAGGUCAGGGUUGGAUUGGUGAUCCAAGAACAUGGGAGCUUGAUGUAGGGAGGUUGUCAGAAUCACUUUACUUUUAUCAGGAUCCUGGGACUAAACCAAUUAAGAGGCGAUGGAUGUCUAUUGAUUUAGGAACUGAAAUUUACAAAGGUGCUAAUCAGGUUGCUGAAUGGACUGUUAGUGACUUUGACAUCUUUGUACCUAAGCAGUGAUGGUGGGUAAGCUUUUUGAAUUGAUAGUUAUAGCUUGAACACAGCCAAAGGGUCUGUUUCUUCAUAAAUGAGGAAGAAAAGCAGAGUAGUUUUCUUUUUCUCAAGUGUCCAUAUUUCUUUUUUGUUGCUUUUCUCUGCUAAGACGGCAGAAAUCAAUCUGAUGUAAAUAUUUUUGCUAAUCCGAUUCAGCAUUUUAAUUUUCUA